GGCGGCGGCGAGCCGAAGCAGAGCGCGUGGUGGGCAGCGUGUUGGGCGCCUCGGCUCCUCGUGUGCGGUCUGGGCUGCUGCGGGCCGCGGGAUCGGGAGCCGGCGGCGUCCACUCCGCGUGCGGAGCCUGGCGCCCCCCUCACCCUCCUGUGGAGGAAAAAUAGAAAUGAAGGUACAUAUGCACACAAAAUUUUGCCUCAUUUGUUUGCUGACAUUUAUUUUUCAUCAUUGCAACCAUUGCCAUGAAGAACAUGACCAUGGCCCUGAGGCGCUUCACAGACAGCAUCGUGGAAUGACAGAAUUGGAGCCAAGCAAAUUUUCAAAGCAAGCUGCUGAAAAUGAAAAAAAAUACUAUAUUGAAAAACUUUUUGAGCGUUAUGGUGAAAAUGGAAGAUUAUCCUUUUUUGGUUUGGAGAAACUUUUAACAAACUUGGGCCUUGGAGAGAGAAAAGUAGUUGAGAUUAAUCAUGAGGAUCUUGGCCACGAUCAUGUUUCUCACUUAGAUAUUUUGGCAGUUCAAGAAGGAAAGCAUUUUCACUCACAUAACCACCAGCAUUCCCAUAAUCAUUUAAAUUCAGAAAAUCAAACUGUGACCAGUGUAUCAACAAAAAGAAACCAUAAAUGUGAUCCAGAGAAAGAGACAAUUGAAGUGUCUGUAAAAUCUGAUGAUAAACAUAUGCAUGACCAUAAUCACCGCCUACGUCAUCACCAUCGUUUGCAUCAUCAUCUUGAUCAUAACAAUACCCACCAUUUUCAUAACGAUUCCAUUACUCCCAGUGAGCGUGGGGAGCCUAGCAAUGAACCUUCAACAGAGACCAAUAAAACCCAGGAACAAUCUGAUGUUAAACUACCGAAAGGAAAGAGGAAGAAAAAAGGGAGGAAAAGUAAUGAAAAUUCUGAGGUUAUUACACCAGGUUUUCCCCCUAACCAUGAUCAGGGUGAACAGUAUGAGCAUAAUCGGGUCCACAAACCUGAUCGUGUACAUAACGCAGGUCAUUCUCAUGUACAUCUUCCAGAACGUAAUGGUCAUGAUCCUGGUCAUGGACACCAAGAUCUUGAUCCUAACAAUGAAGGUGAACUUCGACAUACUAGAAAGAGAGAAGCACCACAUGUUAAAAAUAAUGCAAUAAUUUCUUUGAGAAAAGAUCUUAAUGAAGAUGACCAUCAUCAUGAAUGUUUGAAUGUCACUCAGUUAUUAAAAUACUAUGGUCAUGGUGCCAACUCUCCCAUCUCAACUGAUUUAUUUACAUACCUUUGCCCUGCGUUGUUAUAUCAAAUCGACAGCAGACUUUGUAUUGAGCAUUUUGACAAACUUUUAGUUGAAGAUAUAAAUAAGGAUAAAAACCUGGUUCCUGAAGAUGAGGCAAAUAUAGGGGCAUCAGCCUGGAUUUGUGGUAUCAUUUCUAUCACUGUCAUUAGCCUGCUUUCCUUGCUAGGCGUUAUCUUGGUUCCUAUCAUUAACCAAGGAUGCUUCAAAUUUCUUCUUACAUUCCUUGUUGCGUUAGCUGUAGGAACAAUGAGUGGAGACGCCCUUCUUCAUCUACUGCCCCAUUCUCAGGGUGGACAUGAUCACAGUCACCAACACGCACAUGGGCAUGGACAUUCUCAUGGACAUGAAUCGAAGAAGUUUUUGGAAGAAUAUGAUGCUGUAUUGAAAGGACUUGUUGCUCUAGGAGGCAUUUACUUGCUAUUUAUCAUUGAACACUGCAUUAGAAUGUUUAAGCACUACAAACAACAAAGAGAAGUAAAACACUGGAAGGAACACCUUGGAUAUAGGGAGCGUACUCUAAAUAUUCAAUACAUAUCCUUUGCUGUAAAUACAGGAACUGAUGACUCAGUUGUUUCUGAAGAUCGACUGAAUGAAACUGAACUGACAGAUUUAGAAGGCCAACAAGAAUCCCCUCCUAAAAAUUACCUUUGUAUAGAAGAGGAGAAAAUCAUAGACCAUUCUCACAGUGAUGGAUUACAUACCAUUCAUGAGCAUGAUCUCCAUGCUGCUGCACAUAACCACCACGGCGAGAACAAAACUGUACUGAGGAAGCAUAAUCACCAGUGGCACCACAAGCAUUCUCAUCAUUCCCAUGGUCCCUGUCAUUCUGGAUCCGAUCUGAAAGAAACAGGAAUAGCUAAUAUAGCCUGGAUGGUGAUCAUGGGGGACGGCAUCCACAACUUCAGUGAUGGGCUCGCAAUUGGUGCAGCUUUCAGUGCUGGAUUGACGGGAGGAAUCAGUACUUCUAUAGCUGUCUUCUGUCAUGAACUGCCACAUGAAUUAGGUGAUUUUGCAGUUCUUCUUAAAGCAGGCAUGACUGUAAAGCAAGCAAUUGUAUACAACCUCCUCUCUGCCAUGAUGGCUUACAUAGGCAUGCUCAUAGGCACAGCUGUUGGUCAGUAUGCCAAUAACAUCACACUUUGGAUCUUUGCAGUCACUGCAGGCAUGUUCCUCUAUGUAGCCUUGGUGGAUAUGCUUCCAGAAAUGUUGCAUGGUGAUGGUGACAAUGAAGAACAUGGCUUUUGUCCUGUGGGGCAAUUCAUCCUUCAGAAUUUAGGAUUGCUGUUUGGAUUUGCCAUUAUGCUGGUGAUUGCCCUCUAUGAAGACAAAAUUGUAUUUGACAUCCAGUUUUGACCUUUCCCAGUAAUCACUGUUGAUUACGAGAACGUUACCAUGCAGCUUUGCAUCUGUUCCUUGUACUGUAUGCACGUUGCUCAAAGGAAAGUCAGUGGCUUGCACUACUUACAAGUUUCGUAGAUUUGAGCCUAACCACAAAAGGCCGGUGCUUAGUACUGUUUUCCCUGCACGUAGGGGUCUUUUAAAAAUAUAAAGCUUGUGAUAAAGAGAGGAGAAUAUGGGACUCCAUGAACCAGUGUUGAUGUUUGAUUAAGACUUUUCACAAAAUAAUCAUAUAAAACACUAGUCUCUUUAUUAGUAGAAACUUCUGUGGCUAUGCAGAAAUAGAGAUCGAACCAAAAAAAAUCAUUUAACUUUAAAAAUAUUUUAAAUGGACUUUGGGGAGACAUUUUUUGUGUGUUUUAAGAAUGAAUUGUAGUGUUCUUUAAUUCAGCUACAUAUAUACAUGUGGUGAUAGGGAUCAACUUGACACAGCUUUGAAGCUGCAUAAAGUAGACAUAGGAACUAGAGGAAAGCUCAGGCUGCAUUAGAGUAUGAAUUUAGCAUUGGGAAAAGCCCUUAUUCUUGAAUCUAGAGUUACUAUUUUUGUAUAUAUUUGCAUAGUGUUUAAACCUGCAGCCUAAACUACUGAAAUUUGUGAUUGUAUGUUUGUGUGAGCUUCGGUUUAAUGAAAGAUUCAUAAUGGUUCUUUGUAUUAUUAUAAUACUUGGUGUUGGGGUGUUCUUUGUUUUGUUUUGUUUUUUUAAUUUUGUUUUGGUUUGGUUUUGUUUUUUUUUGAUGGGGGGAGGUGAGGGUUUGGAGCAUGUGGUCAAUGUUCUCUUUUUAAACAAUUGUAACUCUCUAGAAAAUAUCAAAGAAAUGAACCAAACAUGGUUUAAAUAGUUGAUUUUCCUAUUUUAACAGUACCAACUAGUUAAUAAUUGGGAAAUGUAAGUUCUGAAUGUUCACGUUGCUUUACCAGUUUGGCAUUGGAACCAAGAGCAUAUGCCAUGGCUGGCUACAAGGUCGUAAAGCAGAAAAUCAAAGUUUACCAUGUCUGUGAUCUGUACCUGAAGUGUCAAUUUAGAACAGUGACUAGGAUAAACUCCAUUAUUGCCAUGGCUGUCAUGGUACCCAAGUGACUUGGAAGACACAUUUAAAUUACUCAGCUGAAAUCACCUGAUCAUCUUGUGCCAAGAUAUGCUGUUGGUGCCUGAUAGAGGUUAGUCUCUUUUUUAGGUGCCCUGUUCUCCUAACGUAAUUGUGAAUGAUUUGUGAGAAGUGCAAGCCAUGUUUAUCCUGAAAUUUUACUUAAUAAUUUGUAUUACUAGUCAUAUGCAUGUAGCUUUCUGUUUACAUCCUAUGCCACAUGGUCUUCAUUUAUGCCAGGUAAACUGUAUUUGAACUAUGUGCAGCUAGCUUUGUUUUAAUCUGCUUGGCAACCAGUGUAGCUGCUGUAACAAUCUUAUUGUUCAAAUAUAUAAGAGCCAAACUCUUUUCCAUUCCAUCUAAAAUGUUUUCAUUUAGUACUCUUCUUUCCUCCUACUCUAUGAACUUUAAAACAAAAACAAAACUGAGAGCAGCACAUGCAUCCAGGUAUUUAUAGAUUAUUGCCAGUGUUUCUUCUGUAUGCUGUAAGCAAGGGAGCUUAGGUGUUCUUUAAUUUAUGCUUGAAUCUGAAAAAUUAUUUCUGACUUACUCCAUGGCCUCCUUAUAAUAAGUAGAAGUUUUAUACAUAGAUUAUUUUCAGCACUGGGCACUGAAUUAGGACAGUCCUCAUCUCAUUGCUUGGCCCUUCAAGCAACCUAGCUAAAAGGUGCUGAUAUUUUAUUUAGUACUGCCAACUUCAAGUGAUUCAUGUAUCUUGAUUUCUGAACCAAGAUAUAUUUAUAGUUCAUUUUUGGGUUUUUAUACCCAAAUAAAUAGGAUUCUGCAUUCCAGCAUUAAAUCUGCUUCAUUUUAGAACUUUUAUAAAAGCAACAGCUGGAAUAUACUCCCAGUUUUAAAAUACCUGAUUUAAAGCAAGUGGGUUAUGCUGAAGUAUAUAAAGUUUUAUAUUCUCUCAAAUAUUGUAUUAUCUUUAUUUGCCAGAUUUUACAAAUCUUUUAAGAGGGCUGUAACAGUUGCUGCUAGUAUUAGGGUUCCACCAGUAUUUAGUUUUCACAUCAUUCUAAUGUAUAGUUUCAAGUCUUACUAGACAAUCUGAAUUCCACUACAUUUCUGUUGGCUCCAACAUUCCUUUUAGCUUGACCAGUCUAAUUUAAAGUGUGUUUGUUGGAGGUCAUUAAUGUUACUUGUACAAUGCUGUCACUGUGUGACAUCCAUAUGAAUUUUGGUAUAUAUCACAUUGCAUUCAAUCAGCUGUGAUUAUGCUUAGAAAUACUAUAGUAACUAGAUGCAGUGUGAAUUUUUUCCAUUAACAAUAAAAGUCAGUGGCUUAAAUGUGAUUAUGGUCCUGCAAGGUGAUUCUUGCUAAAAUAUCUAAACUUUUGUUUUGUUUUAACUGAAUCAUUUUUUUUUAACUUAAAAAGCUGGAAAAUAUCAAAUGCUGUUUUUUUUUUCAUUGUCAACAGUGGUGUGUCAUUUUAUGUAUGUUCCUAAUGCUUAUGGAACUCCUCCAAAAUAAAGUUACUCAGAGAGAGCAAAUA